GUUCCAUAAGUCUCAUUAACUGAUAAAUUGAGGGCAAGUCUAAGAGCUUAUGCUCUCCUCAAGACGAAAAGAGGAUUAGAUAGAGAGUAAAAUAUCGAUGAGCUCGGUAGAGAAAGUGGUGGCCGUAGAUGACGGAGAGUGGCGACAGCCGCGGUUGGGGCUGAAACAAGGGAGUGUGUUCCCAAAAGAGAGGAAGCUGGUGAAGUCAAUGAUUAUGAAGACUCUCUUUUUAUCUCGAUCUCCUUUAAAGUCCAAGCAGAUAGUAGAGCUUCCGAGGAACAAGCGCGUGCAGCCCACGCUCCGGUAGCCUUCAAAUGAUUUUUGGGGGUAAUAAUUAUGGGUCUUUCCGUACUGAAGACAGAUCAUGUUAAACAUGUCUCCCGAAUGAUCUCUCUUUCUUGGAAAGAGUUUGUACUAUAUACGAUGUUUUUUUUUUUUUUUUUCGUUUUGUCUAAGUAAAUCCGAUGUGUUUGUGUUACUAAGUUGAAUAGUUUCUUUGUCUUGAUUCCUCGCGUUUAGUGUUAAUAUAAGAUUUCUUAUAAUUUACUGCGAUUAAUGUAUAAUGCAUGAUCUCUAUAUUGUUUU